CCCAUGGCAUACGAGAGCUUCUGGGCCAGGGAUUGAAUCUGAGUCGCUCUGCGACCUGCACCACAGCUGUGGCAACAUCAGAUCCUUAACCCACUGAGCGAGGCCAGGGAUCGAACCUGCAACCUUGUGGUUCCUAGUUGGAUUCCUUUAUGCUGCUCCACAAUGGGAACGCCUCUAGAACCUUUUCAAACCUGAAUCAGAUUGGACCCUUCCACCUGAGCUGCCUGAUCCACAUAUGAAUCCAGCUUUGAAAGUCCUGACCCAGAAAGGAGAGCCGUGGGGUCCAGUACUGAAACUCUAAGCUCGGUUGAGUUGCUCACAAGGUCUCUGGCAUGUUCUGUUUCCCUCAAACAUUUCAAAUACCCUAUAGUGCCCCUGAGAGUCCUCUCUGGCCCGCUGCGUGUCUCAACGCACAGUCUGGGAAGCACGGGCCUAAUCAAGGCGAGUGUCCGUGGUUGGUCCCCAGUCUGGGUUGUGUUUUAAAGCUCUGUCCUCGGAGCCAUGUGUGCAGCUCAUCGUUCCCACCCAGGGGAAGAUACCCCAAAUCCGCCACAUUUUCCUGCCCAUUUCCCCAGAUGGACCCCCAGGCUGCCCCCGCCUCUCUGCCGUCACAGAUGACCCCGCCCUUGGGUGGGCUUGCGGGGCAAGGCUUUGUUCACCUGGAGCAGACCCGCGAGCCCUGUGCUUAGUCCGGAAGCCCAGCCCACGUCCCGCCGGGCCCGCCUUCUCGGUCCGCGUGGCCCUCGGCAGGUGUGUCAGUUGAAGAGGCACGAAGUGGUCUCCCAGCUGACGUGGCAUUUCUUUAGUCUCUGAAUUUGAGCAUCUUUGCAUGCUCUUCUUGGUUGGCUCCUCUUCCGUAACUGGCUGGGCAUACCCGUCAAACACUGGUCUUUGGGGGCUGCUGACCAUCAGGAACCGCUCGGCCAGAGUUCCUCGCACGUCCGAGGUAUGGAUCCCGCGAGGGUUUUACGCAUCAGAAAUGUCUUCUCCGUCCUGUCAUCUGGCCGACAUUUUGCUCACGGUUUCCCUUUGGGGAACAGCGAAUUUAAAUUCUGAGUUAAUUGACUCCAUCAUGUUUUGCCUCUUGCUUUUUGCAGUUAAAUUUGGAGACAUGCUCCCCUGUCCUCUCUCCUAGUCUCCUGCAUGUCCUCCUGCCAGGUUUUUCUUCAGCGUUCGGGUCUUCGUGGGAUCCAGAGUCCGCCUCUGCGUGCGCUGCCAGGCGGGGAUCCGGCUCUUCCAUCAGUCGAGCUAUUCCGUCACCCUCAACAAACCAGGAAUAGAAAGGAGUUUUCUCAACAGAAAGGAAUUUUCUCAACCUGAUGAGAAGGAUCUACCAAAACUCCACCGUUAGUUACAUAAUGUUUAAUUAUUAAUGGGAAAGAUUGAAAGAUUCCCCCCGAGACCAAGAAUAAGACAAGGCAUAGGGCUGUUCCCAGGCCCGGAAUUGAAUCCAGCCAGAGCUUUGACCCGUAUCGCAGCUGCAGCAAUGCCAGAUCCUUCAACACGCUGUGCUGGGCUGGGGAUCCAACCAGUGUCCACAGAGACGAGCCUGGAUCUUAAGCUGCACCCAGCGGGAGAGACAGGGUGGCCACGGUGGUUCCAUCUCACUCAAAAUGGGAACGCAGGAGACGCCAAAGCAAAAGAACCACCAGGAACCCCUGUUCUGGAUUCGCUAACUCCGCAGAACUGCCACACAGGCUUUCUCUUUACUGAGGUGCGUGUGGAUGAGGCGCCUUUUACUCGGGACCACUUGCAGGUCGGCUACAGGCACCCUGACAGUUCACCUGGCCACGUCCUCGUGCCUCCCGGGAGGAGGGGUCUGCUCGGCAGCAGUCGGCACUCGGAGCCCCCGUCGGUGUCCACGCGCCACCCUCCUUCCGUGCACCUGCAGGAUUCCGACCUCGCCGGCCGGGAGCGGUGGCGCCCUCGGGCGGCUGGACCGGCCCCGCGCCAUGCCCGAAGGCUGAGCGCCGCAGCCGCCGCCGCCGCCGCCGCCGCAGGGCCUCGUCCCGCCUCGCGUGGGGGCGCACCCGCCCAGGUCGGUGCCCCGGCGGCGGACCAUGGUGCUGCCGCCCCCGGACCGGCGCCACGUGUGCCUGACCACGUUGGUGAUCAUGGGCAGCAUGGCGGUCAUGGACGCGUACCUGGUGGAGCAGAACCAGGGCCCGCGCAAGAUCGGCGUGUGCAUCAUUGUGCUGGUGGGCGACGUGUGCUUCCUGUUGGUGCUGCGCUACGUGGCCGUGUGGGUUGGCGCCGAGGUGCGCACGGCCAAGCGCGGCUACGCCAUGAUCCUCUGGUUCCUCUACAUCUUCGUGCUGGAGAUCAAGCUCUACUUCAUCUUCCAGAACUACAAGGCGGCGCGGCGAGGCGCGGCCGACCCGGUGGCGCGAAAGGCGCUGACGCUGCUGCUGUCGGUGUGUGUGCCCGGCCUCUUCCUGCUGCUCGUGGCGCUGGACCGCAUGGAGUACGUGCGCACCUUCCGUAAGCGCGAGGACCUGCGCGGCCGGCUCUUCUGGGUGGCCUUGGACCUGCUGGACCUGCUGGACAUGCAGGCCAACCUGUGGGAGCCGCCGCGCACCGGGCUGCCCCUGUGGGCCGAGGGCCUCACCUUCUUCUACUGCUACAUGCUGCUGCUGGUGCUGCCGUGCGUCGCGCUCAGCGAGGUCAGCAUGCAGGGCGAGCACAUCGCGCCGCAGAAGAUGAUGCUCUAUCCGGUGCUCAGCCUCGCCACCGUCAACGUGGUGGCCGUGCUGGCCCGUGCCGCCAACAUGGCGCUCUUCCGCGACAGCCGCGUCUCGGCCAUCUUCGUGGGCAAGAACGUGGUGGCCCUGGCCACCAAGGCCUGCACCUUCCUCGAGUACCGCCGCCAGGUGCGCGACUUCCCGCCGCCCGCCCUGGCGCUGGAGUUGCAGCCGCCGCCGCCGCAGCGCAACUCGGUGCCGCCGCCCCCGCCGCUGCACGGCCCGCCGGGCCGCCCUCACGGGCCGUCGCCCACGCGCGAUGCUCUGGACACGUGACAGGGCCCACGCGGCUCCUGGGGCCACCCCGGGGGCGCUGAGCCGCGCAGCGGCAGACGCGUGGUUUGCAUGGGAUGGGGUCGGGGUGGGCUCCCCCCGGGGCCAGGUGCACUGAGUGCCGGUACCCGGGGGCCCCGCAGCUGCUGCUUCAUCUCAGGAAUCCCUUGGACCACAGACCUCGGCCCGUGCCCGGCCAGCCCGAGGGCAAGGGUCCCGCCCUGCCAGCUGGGGGCCUGGGUGGGAAGGGAGGACAGCAUGGGCGGAGGUCUGGUCCCUUGGGGUCCGGCGAUGAGGGCCUCAGGCUCAGAGUUAGGGGCCAAGGAGGCCUCUGUCAUUUUAAGACUCGUGUUUACAGUUUUGUAUGCAA